AUGCUCUUCAAGGCUGUUCUCUUAGUUGUCUCUCUUGCUCUCGCUGUCACCGCAGUUCCGCCUCACGUGAAGCGUGCUGCGUGCAGCAACGGCCGUUCUGCCAAUGACGCAAGGUGCUGUGUCUGGUUUGACGUUCUCGACGACAUCCAGGCCGACGAAGGUCUCUUUGAGGGAGGCCAGUGUGUUGAGGAGGCUCACGAGUCCCUUCGUUUGACUUUCCAUGAUGCUAUUGCCUUCUCUCCAACUCAGGGGUAUGUCUCAGAACUUACAAUCCUGUUUGUGCCGUAUUUACUGAUAGUGAUUGUUGGCCACAGUGGCGGAGGAGCUGAUGGCUCGAUCAUCGCUCACUCUGAUGAAGAGCUCAAGGACCCGGCCAACAACGGUGUCGACGAGAUCAUCGAGAAGCUUCGCCCCUUGGCCAUCAAGCACAACGUCUCCUUUGGCGAUUUUAUCCAGUUCGCCGGUGCUGUCGGCGUGAGCAACUGUAUGGGUGGUCCCCGCCUGCAGUUCCUCGCGGGACGCUCCAACGACUCUACGGCAGCUCCCGCCGGGCUCGUCCCCAAGCCUGAGGACCCGAUCGACCAGAUCCUCGACCGCAUGGCCGAUGCAGGGUUCUCCGCAAACGAGCUGGUCGACCUUCUCGCCUCGCACUCCGUGGCUGCGCAGGACACUAUCGACCCCACGAUCCAGGGGCACCCCUUCGACUCGACUCCGUCGACCUUUGACUCGCAGUUCUUCGUAGAGACCCUGCUGAAAGGCACGAGCUUCCCUGGUAACGGCUCCAACGUCGGCGAGGCCGAGUCGCCCUACCCAGGCGAGUUCCGCCUCCUCUCCGACCAGGUUAUCGCUCGCGACUCGCGUACGGCCUGCGAAUGGCAGUCGUUGUCGCGGCGACUAGUCCCAAUGACCAAGAGCAAGUUCACCGCAGCGAUGGCGAAGAUGGCCGUGCUCGGCCAGGACGUGAACUCGCUCGUCGACUGUUCUGAGGUCAUCCCGACGCCCGCUACGCUCGCCACGAAGGUCGCGGUCAUCCCGGCGGGUUUGUCGUUGGACGACAUCGAGGCGUCCUGCUCCGAGACGCCCUUCCCCACCAUUUCAGUCGCCCCAGGUGCGGAGACAUCCGUUGCUGCUGUCCCCUCGUAG